CUCUUUAACUCUCACACAUCGCGGGCCGUGAGCAUCGUUACCAUGGCACCGCCUUAAAACACCGUGCUGCGUUUGGCGUGUGAUGUUCCGUCAGAACGCUGGUGCGCGCCGGCUGAUUGUUGGUACUCGCGUGUGUGGAGAUCCCGUCCCGGGAUGAGACUUCGCCGUCAGCUGUGAGAGACGAGCUCCAUCGUGGAACAGCGUGGGGACACGUCGCACACCUGCGGCCGGACGGAAAUAGAUGGAGGGACCUGAGCCGCAUGCAGCCGCUGUCGCCGCACACAAACGACCGCUUCACCUCCUCUCGUGGUCCACGGGGGAGCGCGCUUGUAAGCUGAUUUGACCCGGGGAUGUGAAUACCUCUCCGGGAUUAGAGGAGUUACUGGGUGAACGACAAUGUCCCGCGGCUCGGUCCGGCACUCCCGGCUAUUGUUCGUGAGGCGGCGGACGCACGGUGUCCCGUCUCCCCUGGUUCAUCUCCAGUAGCUGAACGGCUCCGCGUCUCCUCGCUGAUUUGCUCCGCUCAACCUCUCGGUGUGGAUAGGAUGACUUCCUGGCUCCGCGCAUACGGCAGCGUCCUUCUGUGUCUCCUGCUGUGCUCCUUGGUGGUCUCUGUCUGCGCAGAAGACUCCAGUACCGGUGGCAGUGCGUGUUGGUCGCCGAGCGCCACUUCUUGUACAGAUUGUCUCCGACGUGGACCGCAGUGUGCCUGGUGUUUCAAAGAGGACUUUCUAAAUGGUGCAGGCGUGAGCCAACGCUGCGACCUGCCAGAGAACCUGCGGCGGAGGGGCUGCGGACCAGAGUUCAUGGAGCAGUCAGAGGUCAAGGUGGAGGUCAACGCCACCGUCAGCAGCACGCAAGUGUCCCCGCAAGACAUCAGCAUCACCCUCAGACCAGGCUCAGAGGCAAACUUCAUUGUGGCUGUGAAGCAGCUGGAGCGUUAUCCUGUGGAUCUGUAUUAUCUGGUGGAUGUGUCGGCUUCCAUGCAGGAAAACCUCGACCAUCUGAAGACGGUGGGGGUAGCUCUGUCCCUUCGUAUGAUGGAGCACUCCUCAGACCUUUGGAUGGGUUUCGGCUCGUUUGUGGACAAACCCGUCUCCCCUUACAUCAAUGUCCAUCCCUCCAAGAUCAACAACCCCUGCAGUGACUACGAGAUCCGCUGUCGCCCAGCCCACGGCUUCCACCACGUUCUCGGUAUGACUGGGAAUGUCAGCGAGUUCACACGCAUGAUCAAACGCCAGCGCAUCUCCGGUAACAUGGACACACCAGAAGGAGGACUAGAUGCUAUGCUGCAAGCUGCUGUCUGCCAGAGGGCGGUGGGCUGGAGGCCGGAGGCGAAGCAUCUGCUGAUGCUGAUGACCGACCAGACAUCUCACCUCGCCCUGGACAGCCGGCUGGCGGGGAUCGUCGUGCCGCAUGACGGCCUGUGUCAUCUGGAGAACAACGUCUACACGGCAACUACCGAGAUGGACCAUCCCAGUUUGGGUCAGUUGUCUGAAAAGCUGCUUGAAAACAACAUCCACUCUGUCUUUGCUGUGGAGAAGCAGCAGUACCAGUGGUAUGAGGAGCUGGUACGUCUCCUACCUGGCGCCUACCUGGGGAAGUUGGGCCUCUUCCAGGCCCCGAGCAUUAUCGAACUUGUGGUGGAUGCAUACAAGAGGUUGUUGUCGGAGGUGACGGUGUCAGUGUCAGUGGAGGACAAGGCAGUCAGCAGGUACUGGGUGUCUGUGUCUCCUAUCUGCCCCGAUGGGUCCACUGCUAACGGCCAGAGCUGCUCUGGGGUGAAACCGGACGAGACGGUCUACUUCAACAUCACGAUUGGCCAACGCUCCUGCCCCGAUGACGGCAACGAUGAAGAUAUAACCGUGAUGGUCCACGCUGUGGGCUACAACGAGUCCACUGUCGUCAGGAUCCACUCCAAAUGCGGCUGCAGCUGUGAACACUGCGGUGACAACGAGCCGCCGCCAUGCAGAGGGACCCAAGGUGGCAGCGGCCUGGAGCCGAGGCAAGACCAAGGACUGAUUAAGGAAUCAAACCAGGACUGCAGAGCAGCGGGGUCUGAUGUGGACUGCAGCGGCAGAGGAGUGUGCGAAUGCGGGAGAUGUGUGUGUGAGCAGAGCAGGCUCGGGACAAUACACGGGAAAUACUGUGAGAUGGAUGACUUCUCCUGCCCGUACGAAGGGGGACUUCUGUGUGGACGACGAGGCGUGUGUGUGUCAGGUGAGUGUGCAUGCGAGGAUGGGUGGACGGGCGAUAGCUGCAGCUGUCCCGUCUCCACGGCGACGUGCCAGGCGCCAAAUGGCUUGGUCUGCAGCGGGCGGGGCAGGUGCGUGUGCGGCGAGUGCGUGUGCGACGACCCCCAGUACUCCGGAGACUUCUGCGAGAGAUGUCCUGCCUGCCAAAACACCUGCCUGUCACACUGGAAAUGUGUGGAGUGCCACCUUUCUCACGGCCUAAGGCAAAAAGAGGGGGAGCACUGCAACAGCACUUGUGCACCGCUGGUCGGCUACAAGGACGACGUGUCAGGUCAAGCAGAGGAGCUGUGGAUUCAGUGCAUGUACAUCAGCAAUGACAGCUGUCGCUAUCGGUUUCAGACCAGCUCCCAGACUGGUCAGAGUCAGCUUCACAUUAGCAGGAGGCCAGAGUGUGUCAGCAGUGGGCGGAUGGUGGGAACCUUCCUGAGCGUGUGCGCCCUGACGGUGCUGUGCGGGCUGGUGGUGGUGGCCAUGUCCCGGCUGCUGCUGCAGAAGAGGGGCUGGUCUCCGGAGGGCGCCGCUGAAGACGGAGGCCCCUACCACUGCACUGUAAAGGAGCUGUCAUACAAGCCUACAACCAAUGAGAAGACUGUCACCUACAGGAGGGACCAUCCACCCGACCGCCCCGUGGAGAUGCACAUCCAAGUUCCCAAGAUGCCCCUUGGUGACCCCUGGCCUUGCUAGACAGAGGUCAGAGUUCAUGGUCAAAAGGAAAGCCGUAGAGACAAACAGAAGAUGAACCGGACUGAAGGCUUGUUUUCAGCGUCUUAAACCUUCGUAGAUCUUCAACUCUUUGCCGAUGGCAGACCAAACUAUGAAAUCUCCAUAUUUGAAAAAAAAAAAAAAAAGAACAGACCAAAACUGUCACAGACUGUGUGACUAAUGUGGCCAGUAUCCUGGAAACUGACAUGAAACAAAGAGCACAAGUCCCCCCGACAUCUCCUGCAGCAGGGAGGCUCCUUCUUCUACAGGGUAAAGGGUGAUCAUUCCUUGCUUUUUAGCCAUGCAGCAAUUACUGCUCUAUCUUGUGUGUGUGUGUGCGCGCACGUGCAUGUGUGUAUGUGUGUGUGAGUGUGGUGCAGGCAGAAACAUGUAUGCUUUCUAUUUAUAAUUUUAUAAUGAAAACACUACAUUAAGUCACGUGAACACACCAUCCGCCUAACGGUACUGUCUCCCUGUCUUAGUCUGCCCUCAUGUGGUCAACAUAGCUCAUGGCAUUCACAUUACUGACCUCAGCUGCGUUGUCUUGGGUACUGUACACCAGUUACUCUGUAUUUCUUUUAUUUUAUUUUUUAUUUGUAUUAUAUUUUCAGUCAUGUGUAGCAGGGUUUUAGCAUUUUACAUGUUUCUCUGUUUUUAUGUAUUUGUUCAUCAAUCAACUGCAUUACAAAUUCGUGGCAUUUUUCUAUCAUGAUGGGCUAGAAUAUAGUUUUCUGUGAUUGUCAGUUAUUAUCUGGAUAGACUUGCACUAGUACGGUUGUUUUGCAUUAUACUACUGAAAACUGUGUUGUCACUGGGGCGGGAGAGUGUUAGUGGUGGGUUUGAGAUGAUAUAUGUGCUGGGCAUUAAAAACUAUCUAAGUGCAUUUGAAGCUAAUGUAACAACUCCACUGGAACACUGGAAUGACAAAUACUGAUAUUCAUAUUUAAAGCACCGACAUACUAACAGUUAAUGGUAAAUGUAUCAUCGAACCCCUGAACAUGUGACCUCUAUGUGAGAACUGUGUCUGUAUGUACCUGCUGAUCAUCCAUUCUACCGACUGCCCAGACAACUUCCGACUCUCAGACUAACUCUUGAACAAAGCUCCAAACCAACUUUGAAGAUCAGAGGCGGGAUGUUACUCUCCAGGCCUCUCGAGCACUAAAACAGAUCUUCUCAGUGCCACUUGCAUUGCAUCAUGUGAGACUUUUACUCGCCCCGAUCUCUUUCCUCUUUUUGAUGACGUAAUGUUUACAGCAAUAGCUGCUCUCUUUUACUGUCAGAUGAGAACACUAAUUAUUAUUUAUUGUGAUUGUACGAUAUUAUUUUUUAUUUGACAUGUUUACGCUAUUUUAUGAGAAGCCUAUUCGAGUCACAGGUACUGUCUCUAACCAUGGGAGUAGUUCAGCAAUAAGAUAUUAAUCAUCUCAUCGAUCUGGGCUUUAAGCUCAGAGUAACAGCAGCACUUUUCUAUGUAGUUUUUCUGCCAGUUAAUGUGACCAUUGUGUAGCAUGACUGCUUUUCAUCAGAAUAAAACGUGCAAAAUG